AUGAGUUCCAGACACAUUUCGCAUCUUCGGAAGUGGCUCUGGUCCUCUCCGCCGGCAGAAUGGGUGCUGAGUCAACUGCGAGAACUGCUCAUCGGCGCCCUACGGCAGGGUCCCGUUCCCAAGCAUGUCGCCUUCGUGAUGGAUGGGAACCGACGGUUUGCGAAGAAGAACAGGAUUGAGACUGUAGAAGGACACAAUUUGGGAUUUGAAGCACUGGCCAAAAUCCUCGAAGUAUGCUACAAGUCGGGCGUGACCCAUGUGACAAUCUACGCGUUCAGCAUCGAAAACUUCAAACGGUCCAAAUACGAGGUGGACGCUCUGAUGGACAUGGCCAAGAUCAAACUGAGACAACUGGUCGAGCACGGCGACCUGCUCGACCGCUACGGCGCCCGAAUCCGGAUUCUAGGCCAGAGGGAACUGAUCAAGCCCGACGUGCUGGAGGUGGUCGAUCAGGCGGUCAAAAUGACAUCAGGGAACGGCAACUGUGUGCUGAACGUGUGCUUCCCGUACACCAGCCGCGAAGAGAUCACUUCGGCCAUCCGAGAUACAGUGGACGAGUUCAGUCGACCAAUCCCUCGCGAUGUGGCAGACAAGGAGCGGACCAGGCCUUUCAAAGAAGAGCGGAUCGCACAUACCAUCCGGUCCCAUCAAUUCAGCCAGCACACCAGCACGGAUUCGGAUUCCACCUUUCUACACGCGCCCGAAUUACACUCACCCUCAUCAAGCACAACCUCUCUCUCAUCUUAUUCGCAAGACGCAAGCGAACAAGACCUCUCAUCCAUGUCCACCUCCACCACUCUCCAGCCUGACGGCUAUUCCGACACCACCACCUCUCCUUCCGAACCGACGUCGACGUCGUCGGGCGAAAAGCAGCUUCCUCACCACAAGAACCAGACUUCACCUACGCCAGCCUCCAAAGCCUCUCGGGAGCAUGGACAAGUGAAAAAUCCAAGCCCAAACUCAACCUAUCCCUCCCCCGAGCUGAUCACUCCCGACACUCUCAGUUCGCACAUGUACAACGCCGGCGACCCGCCCGUCGACCUGCUGGUCCGCACCAGCGGAGUGAGUCGACUCUCGGAUUUCUUGCUGUGGCAGUGCCACCAGGACACGCAGAUUGUCUUUCUAGAUGUUCUGUGGCCCGACUUUGAUCUGUGGAGUUUCUUGCCCGUCUUGUGGGAAUGGCAGUGGCGGACGAGGAAAGCCGAGAAGUCGGAGCACGAUUAA